GCAGCGCGCCGCCGCCAGAGGGCGCAGCUGGCGCGCGUUCCCAAGCCGCAGAAGCACGCAGGACAAGUGCGGCUGAUCCAACCAGCGAAGCACUCUGGUGACCAUGGCCAAGAAAAGGAUUGCUGUGAUUGGAUCAGGAGCAAGCGGGCUCACCUGCAUCAAGUGCUGCCUGGAAGAGGGCUUGGAACCUGUCUGCUUUGAAAGGUCUGGUGACAUCGGAGGACUGUGGAGGUUCCAGGAAACCCCUGAGGAAGGAAGAGCCAGUAUUUACAAGUCUGUGGUCAUCAACACCUCCAAGGAGAUGAUGUGUUUCAGUGACUACCCCAUUCCAGAUCAUUACCCUAACUACAUGCACAACUCCCAGGUUCUAGAGUAUUUCAGGUUGUACGCCAAAGAAUUUGACCUUCUCAAAUAUAUCCAAUUCAAGACUACAGUGUGCAGUGUGAAGAAGCAGCCUGAUUUCUCUACCUCAGGCCAAUGGCAGGUGGUCACUGAGUGUGAAGGGAAGAAGCAGGUGGAUGUCUUCGACGGAAUCCUGGUUUGCACAGGUCAUCACACGGAUCCUCACCUGCCCCUGGAAAGCUUUCCUGGAAUUGAGAAGUUCAAAGGAAGGUACUUGCACAGCCGAGACUAUAAGAACCCAGUGGAGUUCACUGAGAAAAGGGUCAUUGUAAUCGGCAUUGGGAAUUCUGGAGGGGACCUGGCUGUGGAGGUCAGCCACAUGGCCAAGCAGGUAUUCCUCAGUACCAGGAGAGGAGCUUGGAUUUUGAACCGUGUAGGGAAACAUGGAUACCCUGUUGACCUGAUUCUCUCUUCUCGAAUUAUGUACUAUUUGUCAAAGAUCUGUGGUUCAUCAAUAAAAAACAGAUAUAUGGAAAAACAGAUGAACCAGAGGUUUGAUCAUGAAAUGUUUGGCCUGAAGCCUAAACACAGGGCUCUGAGUCAGCAUCCAACGGUAAACGAUGACCUGCCCAAUCGUAUCAUUUCUGGCUCCGUGAAGGUGAAAGGGAAUGUGAAGGAAUUCACAGAGACAGGCGCCAUAUUUGAGGAUGGCUCCAGGGAGGAUGACAUUGAUGUGGUCAUCUUUGCCACAGGCUACAGCUUUGCCUUUCCUUUUCUUGAAGACUCUGUUAAAGUUGUCAAAAACAAGGUGUCCUUGUACAAAAAGGUCUUUCCACCUAACCUGGAAAAACCAACUCUUGCAAUUAUCGGUUUAAUUCAGCCUUUGGGAGCCAUUAUGCCUAUUUCAGAGCUCCAAGGACGCUGGGCCACUCAAGUGUUCAAAGGGCUAAAGAAAUUGCCCUCGCAAAGUGAAAUGAUGGCAGAAAUAAAUAAGGCUCAAGAGGAAAUAGCAAAAAGGUAUGUGGACAGCCAGCGUCAUACCAUCCAGGGAGACUAUAUAGACACCAUGGAAGAGAUUGCAGAUUUGUUGGGUGUCAGGCCUAAUCUCCUGCUUCUGGCCUUCACUGACCCCAAGCUGGCAUUACAGUUACUUCUGGGACCCUGUACUCCAGUCCAGUAUCGCCUACAGGGCCCUGGAAAGUGGGCGGGAGCCCGAGAAACUAUUCUCACCACAGAAGAUCGUAUGCGAAAGCCUCUGAUGACAAGAGUGGUGGAAAAGGACAGCUCUGGGGCAUCACUGGUGACAGUGCGUGUCCUCAUGCUAGCUGUCGCUUUAUUUGCUGUCAUCCUGGCUUAUUUUUAGAUGUGGCAGCACAAUGCUCCAGCUUCCACUGGAAAGCCCCACCUAGUGACACCUUCAGAACCUCACAAAAUUGAACACUCAGCACCAUACUGCACAGGAAUCAAUCAAAAGCUCUCUCUCCUCCCGCCCCCUCUCUCCCUCCCUCAAUCACUAAUCUUUCUUAUUUUUCCUUCUGUGAUACCAGGUUUUCAUUAAUUAAUUUAUCUCCCUCCCUCUCUUGAGCCUCUCAUCUCUCCUUCUGGUAAUUCCCAGACCGUGAGCUCAGGUCCCCUUCAUCAUCUUUGUAGGUCAUUAGCGGAGUUCCCCACUGCUUGACUCUGUUGUGUUUCUAACAUUGCACAGCUAGCCCUCCUUGAAUGAUAACCCACCUUGAGCAUUAUCAAGCACAUACUGGCUAGAACUUGACCUUGUAAGCAGAGCCCACAUGUCUAUUUCAGGAAUUCCCACAGAGGGCAGUCCAGAAAGAACCAUUUAGUGCUGAGGGCUGGAAGUCCAAGAUCAAGGGUGUAGACUGCCCCAUCCAGCAGGGCAUUAAGCAGGGGUCCGAGGAGGUCACUUGAAAGAGAGAAUGGGGAAACAGGCAGAUGCAAAGAAUGACAGCUUGCUAUAGGCUGAUCAAACCGUAAUUUUUACUUUUUCACACAGGGGUUAUAUACACAAAAAGGCAGGAUGUGGGGAAGGGGAUGAUGCAGGAGCAUAGGUGUUCAGGGGAAGUACAGAUAUCUUCCAGAACAGGGCAUCGGCUAGGUGAAGGUUCAGGGAACAGGACACUAUGACUCUGCCUAUGAUUCACUUGUCCUUAUCUAAGUCGGUACUAUCCACCAAGGCUACCCAAGGUCUAUGACUAUCCACAAGACUAUCCAUAAGAACUACUUGUUUUUAUCCAGGCUGGUAAAUUUCCACCAAAGCUGCCUGUUAACAAGAUCUUAUAGCCGUCUGUUCAGUGUUUUUCCAUAGAGACCAAGACUUUGUGUGAGCAGGCUGACUUAGGCCUAUGGCUGAUUUUAGCCCUUCAGUGUAUAAGCAAGGCUGUUCCUGACAGCAAACAGUGAAAAUUUCCUGGCUUCAAGAUUAAUACAUUGAGGGUAUGAUAUAGGCAAAACAGAAAAUACAUUGUUAGCCGACAUGGGGUACAUGCUGAAUAAGUGCUCGUUGAUAUUGAUGAAAUAAGGUGGCAUCUCUAAGUCAAUCUAAUAAAUGGCUGACUCCAUAGAACUCUUAAUGUGAUCCAUUAUCAAUUUUAAUAACAUUAAUUUUAUAAAUUAACUAUUAAGUUUAGUAACGGAAUACACCCAUCUUUAAGGUGGGUGCUGGGGAUUUGAACUCAAGUCCACUUGCCUUCACAGCAAGUGUUCUUACUGACCAAGACAUCUCCCUACCUCCUGCUUCUAUUUUCUUAAAAAAGAAACUACCAGACUGAACAUAGUGGCACAUACCUGUCAUUCCAGACCUGGCAAGGGGUCACCACAAAUUCAAGACCAGCCUAGUCUACAUAGUUAGUUCCAAGCCAACCAGAUUUGCAUAGCAAGAACUUGGCUCAAGCAACAACAAAAAAUACAAAAUGAGAAAAGAAAUUGCUCUUCUAGGUUAAAAGUCUUUUAAAUAAUUUGCAAUAGGUUGGUUAAAGAAUUUGAGGCUUUUAGUUAGCUGUCCUGGCCAGAUCUUGAAGGGCUAGUAUUAGGAUCUAGCUGAGGAAGUAAGUAAGUGCCAGCGGUUGAGGUGAGGUCAGCAAGUGUGAUUAUCCCCGCCCAGCUCCUUCCUUCCUUCAGAGUCUACAUGAUAAGAAUCAAUGAGCUCUUCCACGUCUAAUAUUAGAUAGAACUAAUAUUAAUGAAUAUUGUUACCUAGGGGCAUUUUGCCUAGACCAGUUCUUCCUAUGUGCUACAGUGUAGUUCAGAACGGCAGGAGCGGAACUGAACUGCAGGAUUUAAGAAGCAUUAGCUCUCAGAAAUGCUUGAAUUCCCUGAGGAUAGGUACUGGAUGUGCCAGGCAGUGUAUCUUCAGAAAAAAAACAAAAAACAAACAAAAAAAACCCUGCGGUGUAGUGUGUCUAUAAAUGGACUGUUACCAGUUAUUAAAGUGGGGGAUAAUUUGACCCGCUGCAGGAAUAAAUAGCAUUGGAAUAGCACAAAUACUUGUGAGCAGCUGUGCGAGACUUCAAACUCUUCCCUAACUACAUACGGAUUUGGACAGCUGCCUAAUAUUUCACCCAGCAUACUCUCCGAAAACUUGAGCACUGAGCCCUGGCCUGGUUUCUGGGACCCCUUUCCUUCCCCAAUCCUUUAGAAAUGGAAUGUUAGUUAUUAUUAAAAUGGGUCUGGGAUUUUUUUUUUUAAAUCUGAAGAUUGAUUUUGUUCAAAAAUAAACUGAAGCCCUGAAUCUUAA